AUGAAAUUCUCUACAAUUGCCGCUGCAGCUUUUAUUGCUUGUUCCGUUGAAGCUACCUUUCUUCCACUUUUAAAACUUGGCGGGAGUUUGAAAGGUGGUAAUAAUGAAGCCCCAUGUGAUACCCCGGCUCCUCCAGCUCCACCACCACCGGCUCCUCCAGCUCCUCCAGCUCCUCCAGCUCCUCCAGCUCAAACUACCCCUUGUGAUACUCCUCCUGCUCCAACUACUCCUUGUGAUACUCCUCCUGCUCCAACUACUCCUUGCGAUACUCCUCCUGCUCCAACUACUCCAUGCGACACUCCACCUGCUCAACCUACUCCAUGCGAAACUGAAGGUGGCUCAGGAGGUAAUGGUGGUUCAGGGGGUUACGGCGGUGGUGGUAUAAUCGGUAAUAUUAUCGGAGAAAAAGUCAAAUUCAUUAAAGGUUUAUUGGGGGGACAUUAA